AAAUCUGGUGGAUCAAAUCCAUGCUCUAUUCUGACGUGUCAGUAAGCAGUAGUUCUACUUUGGGUAUCUCGGUUUGUAUACUAUAACGCGGGGUAUCUUCUAUCAAAUCGAUGUUGGAUAUACUUCGUUCUGCGCAAACAUCUCACUAAGACCUAACACCAAUAGACUAAAGCACCAUCUCUCGUUGGCAUUAAGCGCACCUUCCUUUAAAGAUGACACAACGAUGUAUAUACUGUGCCAAUCUUUCUCUCGCUCACCUUAUCGACCUCGCAAAGAUAGAUUUCAAAGGUCAUGUUUUCCCGAAUCAACCGACGACGGAAGAUUUAAUGGGUCCGUUUGCUUGGACAUCGUCGCUGGCGAAUCCAAAUAAUUCACCAAAAGAAAGAAAGCCAAUGGCUUUUUAUCCACAUCACAAGUGUUUUCAAGAUCUUGUGCAAUCCGCAGAGAUGGGUUGUGAUCUGUGUGAGGUGAUAUUGACCUGUUUGAAGAAGCGCAUUCCAGGGGAGGACGAAGAAAGCCAAGGAGAUAACUCGGAUGAGAUUUACUGGACAGAUUUCAGCCGUCGUCGGGAAACUGAUAUCAAGAUCUCGAUCAACAGUAGUCAUGUGUAUCCAAACGUUACCCUCGAUGGAGUACAAAUGCUUGAUACUAUUCUUGUUCACGUUGGCAACAUCGGAGAUCAAAGAUCGGACUUCAAAAAUCAUGGGCACUCUUUCGCGGUCCCUACGCAAAGUUUGACGCUUGUCACAAAACGCGAAUCCCCAAUUAGAUUAAAAGGUUUCCAAAUAGGGAGAGCUGAGACCGAUCCUGAUCUUGGGUCCAAACUGAAUUUCGAUAUCACGAGGGGUUGGCUCAGAGAAUGUUUAGAGUGUCAUGAUUGUCACAAUACCAAUUUUCCACAGCUUCCCACUCGCGUGAUUGAUGUUACGCCUAAUCAGACAAGAAUUAUUCAUUCAAAUGGAAUCAAGGCUAAUUACAUUGCGUUGAGUCACUGCUGGGGUGGCCCGAUACCCACUUCAUCAACUACAGUAACACUACCACAGUACCAAAAUGAGCUUCCCUUUCAAAUGUUGCCUGCGAAUUUUCGAGACGCCAUAACUAUCACUAGAGAGCUAGGAGUUCAAUAUCUCUGGAUUGACUCUCUAUGUAUCAUCCAAGACUCCAAACAUGACUGGGAACAAGAAUCUCAGAAAAUGGGAACCGUUUAUCGAGAUUCAUUGGUCACAAUAUAUGCAAUGUCAUCAGAGGCCAGCACUGGGGGUAUUAUUCCAGAUCCUGCAUACCAACCUGUUGAAAAGCCGUCUACUACUUUAGCUCUUACUGAUGAUAAUGGAAUGGAGGUAACUGUUAGAGUGGAACCUGCAGAUAGAGACAUUUAUGACGAGGAUUUACACCGUCUGGCAGAAUCUUCUCCGCUGAGUAGUAGAGGCUGGACCUUUCAAGAAUCCAUAUUAUCUCCUCGUCACAUCUACUUUGGGAAAAAACAAAUAUACUGGGGAUGUACACAGGGAUUUCACGAUCUCAAAGGAAUGCCUCCUGGAUAUAGGUUUCCACAAGAAGAGCACAUAAAUCGUUUAUUGCCAGUUCUUCAUUCCACCAUACAGGACAACAGUGUUAUUACAGACAUGGAACGACUCAUACUUCUCCACAGUUUUCGGGAUAUACUUUGGCAAUACUGUCAGAGAAAUUUGACAUACGAUACCGACAAACUUCCAGCGAUCUCAGGUUUAUCACGACUUCUCCAGCCAGCCAUUGGAGGAGAUUAUCUUGCCGGCUUGUGGAGUUGCGACUUAUUGGAUGAGCUUUGUUGGAUUCCUGAAAUGAAAUCUGGAUGUGUUCACAUCAAGCCCUAUCGUGCACCCUCAUGGUCGUGGGCUGUAACAAACGAUCGCUUCAAAUUCGAUCGGGGCACCAUCAUCGCGCCUAAAGAUCGAAUUGCCAAGUUGAAAGUUAUAGAUUAUAAAGUAGUUCCAAAGGUCAAGAAUAAUCCUUACGGCGAGAUAGAAUCUGCGCAUCUAAUUGUAGAGGGAUUAACCCUCCCUAUUCUACGUGCCUGGCAAACGAGACAUCUCGGAAAAUAUGAUUAUGAUGGUUACGCGGGUACAUAUUGUUUUGAUGAUCCGGCUGGGAUUUCUCAUUAUGAAGCUUCUGAGUGGUCUGAGAAUUACGGGUGGCAACAGGGUUUUUGGAAAAUGGACGAGCAUGUAGGAGUACAAAUAAUGACAGGUUGGAAGACUCAUUCGCGUGGUGAAGGAGUGAUCAAUGAGGAAGAGGAGGAGUGGAUGAAGGAAGAAUACAUCGUUUUGCUUGUUUCGUCAACAAAUAGAGAUGAUGGGGAUGAGAGACCAUAUGCUGAGUGCUUGAUUUUGAAGAAAGUCGAUGGGAAUGAGGAUGAUGAUGAUGAUACGCUUGAUGUUUAUGAAAGAGUUGGAAUUUAUGUGGUUCAUCAUGAACCGGAAUGGUUGGAAUCUUGGACUAAGAAAACUGUUAAAUUGAUAUGAUAUGAGAUGAACCAAUAUACACAAGAUCUUUUCU